UGACUUUUCUUUGUCUCAAUUUACAAUUAAGUUACAAUAUACUAAUAAUAGUGCUUAUUUCAUAGAGCUGUUGUAAGAAUCAAAAUAAUUCAUGUCAAAGCCCUGUGAAACAAUACUUGGAAUGUAAUGAAUGAUAAUAACAGGUAGUAUGAUUAAAAACAUCAAAAGUAAUGCAAGUAACACAUUAAUCUUUUAUUGAGAAUGCCCAAUGCUUCCCCAAAGCAAUUUGUUAGAGAACAUACUGUAUUUGGGAAAACUAGGUCUUUCUGAGCAUUAUGUUUAGUGCUGAUAAAAUUUGAGAGAACCUAAAAAAUAAUGACAACACAUUGAACUUCUGUUUUUGGGUUCCUGACACUAGCCUUAAUGCACAUCCGAUAUGCUUAUGGUUUCUUCCUCUUCUUCUCCUCAAGACAGAAAUAAUUCCAUUGAUUUAGUCACAUUGCUUUUCAGAUCAGAAUCUCAAACCACAGGAAAAUCAUAUAAAAUAUUUGGAGAAAUUCUCAUUUGCCUCUUAAUAUCCUUUUAGCCCCACCCUGUGUCUUGGGAGGCAAAACUCAAAUGGAAAGCAUUAUCUGGACAAACAUGGCCUCUGGCUUCCAGUUAAUUCAACUAUAAUGGGGUGCUAGCAUGAUCAGAGGGUAUUUAUUCCCCUCGCUCUCUCCCUGCCUUUCCAUGUUCAAGGCAAAGGCUGCCUGUUCCAUAUCUUAGGCCAUGGCCCCUGUCAGACAGGUCACAAAGUUCCAAUAAACAGCUUCCCCUUAAUUCUUAGGUCUACCGGUAAUAACAGCUUCUGAAUGCACAUCUCACCACCGUAUUUGCUUCCCUUAAUCCUUCUAAAAACUUUAUAAAACAGCAUCUUUAUUAAAUGCCCUUAGAUACCCUUGAUUAUCUUGAGUACCCUUGAGUACCCUUGUUUUCUUCUAUUACAGAGAUCAAUGAUUGAUCCAGUGAGACACUGAAACAAAAAAGAACAUUGCAAUUUUGCAGAUUGUGGGAUUUACAGACUGUAAAUUAUUGAGGCAUGACCUUUGGCUGUAAGGAAAAAUGGCCAAUGAUAAUUAAAGUAUCAAAUUUCUCAAUACCAGUGUAAUAGUUGCAGGAUGUGACAGAAAUGGCCAUUUAUCCACUACAUAAUUCAUGCUUCCCUUCUAAAGUGUAGUUAUCAUAGAAAGUUUGCUAGCCAGGCAAAAGUUACAUUUAUCCGGCCCAACAUUUAGAUCCAAACGUGAGCAUGACCUUAGUAGAUGUGGAUGGGGUGUUAUUUCUAGGUUAUGGGUGUUAAGAAGAAGGUGUGGAUUUGUCACCUUCUCUUUUACUUUCCAAUGGUUUAAGUGAAGGACUUUAAUGUUUCACAAGACAGAAGGAGCCCAGGGAUCAUUUGGAGGAAAAUUACCCACUAACUAGGAUUACUGAAACUAAAAUGUUAUGUGAACAAGAAAUACAAUUGUAUUGUGCUAAAUGACUGAAAUUUUGAGGACACAGCAAUUUUGUCACAGGAGCUGCAGUAGCCUAACAAAUGCAGUGUGUAUAUUUAUUUUAGGGAUACAAUCCCUUCCUAGCUUUUUUGUUUAAUGAUACGCAGUUUUCUACAACUCCUUACACCCUGGUUCGCCUAACAGGAGCUAUCCUCGUACCUUUGCUACCCUGAUCAUCUCCUUGCUUCAUGUCCUAUACCAAAUAUAAGUACAGUCUUGCACUUCCGUACUUUUCAUCUUAACAGUAAUCUGAUGUAUUCACCUUCAAUAUUUGCUACAUUUUAGAAACCAGAGCAAUUAACAUGUUUUAUUAUUGGCCAUUUUGAGUUCAGUUCCUUUCUCAUUUCCUUCUUUGAUAAGUGGUGUUUUGGCUUAAACUUCAUAAACUUCUACUUUCUGGAUGAAGAUGCAUUUAUCCUAUUCCUUAAACUUAAACAUAUUUUCCCACUGGUGGGAAAAGUAGCCAAUUUCAGUUCUUUGACCAAUCUGCUACUGACUGCAAGAGGAGUUAUUUGUGUCAGCUUCUCGUGGGGACUGUGUUGCCUAUCAAAGCAUCACAGACAUGCAGGAGGAAGAAGUAUACAGCUCCCUUCAGUGGGAUACUCCAUCAUCAAACCCUUACCAGAAACAUCUGUCUCCUACCAAAUAUUCAGGAACAUGGUGUUUUGUGAUGGUGAUUUUAUGUAUUUUUUGCGUGGGCUCAUUAGCAACCUCCAUUUUCUUGGGCAUCAAGUUGUUCCAGGUGUCCUCUGUUGCAAAGAAGCAAGAAGAAAAACUCAUCCAACAGGACACAGUGCUGUUGAACUUCACACAGUGGAAGACAAAGCAUGACCUCCAGAUGAAAUAUUGCCAAGCCUUGAUGCAAAACUCUUUUAGUUCAGCUUGUAACUGCAGCCCUUGUCCACACAACUGGAUUCAGAAUGGACAAAGCUGUUACCAUGUCUUUGAAAAUUGGAAAAUGUGGCAAGCCGGUAAAGAGGAUUGUUUGAAGGAGGGUUCUCAUCUUCUACAAAUAGACAGCAAAGAAGAAAUGGACUUUGUCACUGGCAGCCUGAGGAAGAUCAAAAAUGGUAAUGAUUAUUGGGUGGGACUGUCUCAGGAUGGAAACAGCUCACUUUGGUUUUGGCAAGAUGGCUCCUCUCCUUCCCCUGACCUGUUACCAAAACAGAGACCCAAAUCAACUCACCAGCUCUGUGGAUACCUCAGAGACAAGUUCCUUUCUUUCUCUAAUUGCACCAGUUGGAAGCAUUUUAUCUGUGAGAAGUACGUGUUAAGAUUCUCUACCUGAAAGAAACUGUGCUCAAAGUGACCUAUUGUAAUAGUAUUUGGAACAGGUUAUUGAAAAACCUGCCACAAAAUGCCAAAGAGCAAAUGUAGAAAAAGACCAAGGUGAGGGUGAGCAAACUAGCUACUUGGGACUCAAAACUUAUUUUUGCAUUUACACUGGGUAAUAUUCUUCAAUACUUUCCAGAUGUCCAUUUGACAUUGUUCAAAUUGCCAAGAAUAAAAUUGACUUAGAGUUAUAGAGGACAAAACCCUGGAGGUCUGAGGACAAAUUAAAGGAAAAUCAUUUCCAGAUGUCAUUUUUUAGUCUAUAGAGACUAUAAACUCCACACAGAAAUCUAUAAAUCACUGGGGAGAUGAUACAGUUUUAACUAACUGAUAUUUUCAUAAAUAAAUAAAUAAAAUAAAAUAAAAUGCGGCCUUCAAACUCACUGUCUGUCAGAUCUUUGUACACAUUUGCUAGUCUUCCAGGCAUUAUGUUAUCUGACUAGUAGGAUGGGAGGACAAGGGUAUGGAUUUUCAAAUUAGAAGGAAUAUAAGCUGCUUUCUGCUCUCUGUAAGAAAGUAACCUUUUUUAGGACUGCACAAUUCUCCCAGAGAGAUGAAAUACCAUAACUCCACAAAAGUGGAAGGAAUAGUCAGGCUGCUACUACCAGCAUGUCUCCAGUGAAGGACAGCUGUAAGCUUCCUUCCCCCCAGUCCUAACCAUCCCCACCACUACCAAAUCAAAUGACUCACAAUCUGGACUCUCAAGGUUAGCACUUCAGCACUUUUAACUGCAUCUAUCUGUGCCUCAAUUUUUUCAUUGUAAAAUAAUAACAGGACUGAUUUCAAAAUAUC